GCCCGCCUAGCAACUCCCUCCUGUCAUAUAGAUGCGCAGGAUCGAGCGCGUGUCAAAUGAAACAAUGUAACGGAUCAGAGUUGACAGCCUCAGACGAGAGGUUACUGAUUAAUCUCAGACCGGCUCCAUAACCAUAGAUAAGGGCUCGAGAUCCGCAUGAAUGACGGGAGAACGACCGUCUUCUUUUCAAGGUAGGCGCAAGAGGAAACUUUGCUUUGAAUGGGGAACAUAAUUUGCAUGCUACCCAAGUUCAGGCAGGAUCUUACGCAAGCCUGGAGACGGGGAACGCACCUGCCUCUCUUCCUCGACCUGUAGACUUCAUUCAUCAGGACCAGCCGUCUUUAAUGGGAUGAACUAUCUCCAGAGAUCAGGCCUCCGCAUGGUACUCUGGUCGAAAGAUCAAGACAAACUGUCCGACAUGUCUGCCGGGACGGAAAGGAUAGAGAUGAAGAAGGAGGGGGCGCCGCCAGCGUUCCACCACUCCAACGGGUCAGUCCAUCCGAUUAUACUACCCGACAACCCCGAGGAGGUGCCCCAGACCCCCGGGGAGUACGAACUCACAGAGGUGACCUCCAUACCAGACCCCAGUGAUCAGGAGAAUGAGCGGCCGGACAUGGUGGUUCUCGACUGUCGGGCCAACGCAAAGGGCCAGAGGGAAGAGGACGCGCUCCUGGAGAACACCAGCCAAAGCAACGAGAGUGAUAACACUAGUAUGGACCAAAGCCCGGUGCCGCCGGCUCCACUAAAGGAAACGUCCUUUUCUAUUGGACUCCAGGUUUUGUUCCCUUUCCUGCUGGCAGGGUUUGGGACAGUUGCAGCUGGCAUGGUUCUGGACAUUGUUCAGCAUUGGACGGUAUUCACAGAGGUGACUGAAGUCUUUAUCCUGGUGCCUGCUCUCCUGGGCCUGAAGGGGAACUUGGAGAUGACCCUCGCAUCCAGACUGUCUACCGCGGCUAAUAUUGGACAAAUGGAUACGGCCAAGGAUAUGUGGAAAAUGAUCAUGGGAAACCUCGCACUAAUUCAGGUUCAGGCCACAGUAGUCGGCUUCCUGGCUUCCAUCGCCGCAGUCAUUUUUGGCUGGAUUCCAGAGGGUAAUUUUAAGAUGGGCCAUGCCGUCCUGCUCUGUGCCAGCAGUGUGGCCACUGCAUUCAUCGCUUCUUUGCUGUUAGGUCUUAUCAUGAUCGGGGUUAUCAUUGCGUCCAGGAAGGUUGGCAUCAACCCAGACAAUGUGGCCACCCCUAUUGCAGCCAGCCUCGGUGACCUGAUCACCCUGGCGCUGUUGGCUGGCAUCAGUACUGGCCUGUAUAAGGAGCUCGAAUUCAACGAUUAUGCCAACCCAAUGGUUUGUGCCUUCUUCGUCGCCCUGACACCCAUCUGGGUACUUAUCGCCCGGCGGACACCUUCCACCCGGGAAGUGCUGUACUCAGGCUGGGAGCCUGUCAUUAUAGCCAUGGCGAUCAGCAGUGUUGGAGGCCUCAUUCUGGAUAAGACCGUAUCUAACCCCAACUUUGCUGGAAUGGCAGUUUUCACUCCCGUCAUCAACGGUGUGGGCGGCAAUUUGGUGGCGGUUCAAGCCAGUCGAAUCUCCACCUACCUGCACAUGAACGCCUUACCCAUAGCAGAGCCAAACCCAGCCCCACGGAAAUGUCCCACUCCCUGGAGCACGUUCUUUGGUUCAGGUGUGAACGCACGUUCUGCCAGAGUGCUCUUCCUCCUGGUCGCUCCUGGUCAUCUGGUCUUCCUCUACACUAUUAACUCUAUGCAGGGUGGACACACCACUCUCACCUCUGUCUUCAUUGCAUUUUAUCUGGCCGCAGCUCUGCUUCAGGUUGUGAUCCUGUUGUACCUUGCAGACUGGAUGGUAAACUGGAUGUGGCAUCGAGGGAUGGAUCCUGACAACUUCUCCAUUCCCUACUUGACCGCUCUGGGAGACCUGCUGGGGACGGGCUUCCUGGCUCUGUGUUUCCACAUCCUGUGGCUAAUUGGAGAUCGGGACACAGAUGUGGGUGAUUGAUCCACACUGCUUCCUUUGACUCUGUCCAAGCAACACAAACGUCUUUAUUUAUAAUGCCACAUAGAGAAAUAAUAUCUAUAUUGUUAUGGCUACAAUGGCUACCAUGAUUAUAUUGAUGACAAUUUUGCUUUAGUAUUGAUAUGUAAUUUCGUUGUUGUUUAGCUACUGGGAGAACAAGGAUCCUCAUUAUUUUUCAAUGGGGAUGUUCGGCCCAAUUUUACGGCAAGUCGCGUUGGCUGCAUGUAAAGAUGACAUCGACCUAAACUUGAAAUAUUUGACGAGAGGCAAACAAACAUAGAAUGCUAAAUCACCAAGUGCUACAAAAUAGUGAUUUGAUGGUGGAACUGAAUCUCAAAGAGGACCUUUUAAUGAUAAAACGCAUAGAAAACAGCCCUAUUUAACACGCAAUGCUACGUUUUCAUGAUCUAAAUUUGCUUUAAUAGCUCUGCUUAUGGUUACAGAGAGAAAUUGUAACCUAAAGUGCUUUAUUGUUUCAUUGAAAUCCCUGAAAUACUCAAGUUGUGCAAUGAAAAGGGUUCAUGGGUUGUUUAUGCUCAACACCUAAAGGAUAAAAUAUCAGACUUUGCCUCAUUUGCGUAGGUACAUUUCCGUUACGUACACAACACUUUCACCCAGUCAGAGGCCUGUAAGAUUGUUUUAAGCUUCUCAGGCUGUAAUUGUGAAGUCCACAUCCGUUAAUCUCCUAAAUCUCUUCUGUGGACUCAAAAUACUGGGACAGUUCAUGUAUUUGUAGUGAUGGUGGUUAUUUUAAAAGGGCUGUGAGUUAGAAAAUGGCAGUCGGGACCCUUUUUAUCAAAGCAGAAAUCAUAUUUGACUGUACUUUUAAAGGCUUUCCAAAUCUAAAUUAAUAUUCUAUUAUAUAGAGUAUGUAUACAGUUGACCCUUUGCUAAGCUCCGCCUCCCUGAAUGAACUGGAGUCUCUAUGAUUUUUAGUAAAGUGGGCUCACAAAGUCUUCAAAAUUAACUGGAAAUUAUUCUCAUGUGAGUUGAAAGGAAGUAUACAUUGCAAAGCACUUUAUCUGCCUUUAAAGAAAUUAAAUUACCCAGUAACAUGAUUAAAAAAACGCAGAGCCUGCAAACUCGAGGCAAAAACGCUUAUCACAAGUCAAUUAAAAAGAGAAAAGGCCCAUUUCAUUGCUCAGUUACCUUAUGCAUAGGCUAUAUUUUUGCAUAAUAUCUUUAAAGGCAGUCUAAAACUACACUAUUAAAUGAUUUUUCGAGGUUGUGAAAACUCCUACACCAAUUUUGUAACAUCUUUGUUUUAAUGCUAAGCUUAGCAAAGAGUCAAUUGGUGAAUUUAGUUCGUUUAAACAAAAAAGCAUCUGCUCGUUGACAGGAAAUGUGAAAUGCUCUGCCUCAAAAAGCCUUUUUAUGAUACGACCGAAGUAUUUCUGUAGAAUUAUGCAAAAAAAUGCUUCUAGAAAGGGCUAUUUAGAUAUCUACACCUCUGUACCACUGCACACUAGCUUACAAAAGUACUGUUCAACUGGCUCUCCGAAUAUGAUUUGAAGCCAUGCUUGAUUAAAUUCCUUGAAAGAGUUUCUUUCAUACAGAAGAGGAGAGAGGUUUUGUUUUGAAUGUUUUUAUGUGUUUAAUGGCACUCAGAAACACUUGAAAGGCUAACAGGAAUGCUAGCAGCUAAUCUGUACCUCAGUUCUCGGCCAUACAAAUCUCUAAUCAGUAGUUGACAGUAAACUAAUGUAUAUUUUAAUGACUAGCAAGGUCUUAUAACGAAGCUGACCUCCAGUUAUGGAUGGUGUGUUAAUGUUAGCCUGCCAUUGCUAAAGGGCUGCGUAGAAACAUUGCUUAAUUUACGGACGUUUCAUAUAAUUCACCAUAUAUUAAACAUACCCACUUUGUUUUUACUGUACACUUUAUUUUCUGUCCUUAAAUGUCUGUUUUCUUUAAUUGUGCAAGUAUGUUAAGGCGAGUUCUAGUUGAUGUCACAAUAGAUCACUGUGCACAAGAUGUACUGUAAUGUGAGAGUUUGCCACAAGAGGUCGCGCUUGUGCAAGGAGAGCAUGCAGCUCCAAAGUGCAGACAUGUUUAUAUCACAAUUAUGCGUUCAAACAUCAGAAAUAUUACUGUGUAACUGAUCCUGUGCUGCCAUCGAACCAUGACAGCUCUCUAUAGUUGUGAAUAUUUCUUCAAGGGAUGGGAGGCUUUGUUUAUUUAUUUCUAUAGAUGUGACAAAGCUUUUUGUAAAUAAUAUAUUUAUUCUAUAAAUGUUUAUUUUUCAUUUUGUCGCAUUUUUCUUUGAAUUGGACCAGUAGAGAUGUUUACUGUACAUUUAUCAGUCUUUUUUUUUCUUCUUCUUCUUAACAAUAUAUCAAAGUUUGGUGCCUAAUAUCCAGCAAAACCUCACACUCGAUCUGGUUUGGUGAAUUGAGCAUAAUAUGCCUUAACAAAUCACAAGCAAGGCUCGACACAUAGGUAUUAUAGGUCUUCUGAUUUGUCUUUUUUCUAUGAGAUUUUUUUAAUUAAUGGAGUUGAUUUUCAUAUUGUAUUCUGUUGAUUUGUGUACACAAAUCAUCCCAUCUGUUGUGUUUUUUCGGGGAAAGAUGUAUCGGUGGUAAAGUUAUCCAAAGCAAAGCCACUGAGAUCCCCAUGAGUUUUAGAGGAAAUUAAUAUUCACUUGUGGGUUGUCUAAUUUGUCACAUAUUCCCUCUAAUCUGUAAUCUGCAUAGAACUUCCUACAAGAAAACGUAACCUUCCUUGAGUUAAAUUGGCCUUGAGGGUCAGAUCCCAGCCUCUCAAGCAAGACUAAAGCAAACUUACCAGAUUAUCCAAGAGUGUACAGCUAGUAAUGGUAACUGGUUAUCUGAGUUCUUUGAUUUCUUCCCCAUCAGUUUCUGGCCCAGCCGCUUCAAUCUGACACUGGUAAGGGGACCUAACAGAGGUACUUGUAAAUUGCUGGAAAUAAAGUUUAUAUUAUUUCGUA